AUGAAGUGGUUUGUUAUUCUCCAGCUGGUGGCCCUCUCAGAGUGCCUAGUCAUAAUCCCUUUAAUGAAGAUCAAGACCAUGAGAGAAACCCUCAGGGAAAAAAAUCUGCUGACAAGUUUCCAAGAGGAGAACAGUGAUGAGUGGUCCCAGAAUGCCGCUGAUGACACAAAAUUUUCUCUUCAUCCCCUGAGGAACCACAUGGAUCUGACCUACAUUGGCAACAUCACCAUUGGAACGCCCCCUCAAGAGUUCAGGGUCAUCUUUGACACUGGCUCAUCUGACUUGUGGGUGCCUUCUGUCAACUGCUACAGUCCCGCCUGCCGUACACACAAGCUCUUCAACCCUCACUCAUCCACCACCUGCCAGCUCUCACCCUGGACAUUCAACCUCACCUACAUCUCUGGGAGGAUUUUUGGAUAUCUUGGCCAUGACACUGUUCAGAUCGGGAACCUUGUCAUCCUGGGCCAGAUAUUUGGCCUGAGCAAUACGCUGAUUGGGUUUGAGAAAGCACCCUUUGAUGGCAUUGUGGGCCUGGGCUACCCCAGCCUCGCUCUACAAUGGACCACCCCUGUCUUUGACAACAUGAAGACACAAGGCAUCAUUUCUCAGCCUGUCUUUGCCUUCUACUUGAGCACCCAGAAGGAGAAUGGCAGUGUGGUGAUGUUUGGUGGGGUGGACCACAGCUACCACAAAGGAAAGCUCAGGUGGAUACCAGUGUCCCGGACUCACUACUGGCAGAUAACCAUGAACCGCAUCACUAUGAACGAGGUAGUUGUUGGCUGUUUCCGUGGCUGCCAGGCUCUUCUGGAUACCGGGACCACGUACCUGCUUGGCCCAACUAGAAUUGUCACCGCCAUCCAGAAGCUCAUCUCUGCCAGGCCUGUCGGUCAAGAGUACGUGGUUCCAUGUAGCAACAUCAGGCACCUGCCUAGCAUCUUCUUCACAAUCAACGGCCACUAUUACCCAGUGCCCCCUCAAACCUACAUCAGAAAGAGUCAUCAGGGCCACUGCUUCAGCUACUUUCGUGGAGGUACAGAAAACUUUAAACGGGCGGAGACCUGGAUCCUGGGUAAUGUUUUCCUGAGGCUGUAUUUUUCGGUUUAUGAUCGGGGAAACAACAAGAUUGGCCUGGCUCCCGCAGUGUAA